AUGACUCACAUAUCAAUUUAUAUACUAUAUAGUAUUACUGAUAAAAUACCAAAAAUCCUAUUACACAUAAUCAUAUACACCUAAGAUAUGAGGAAUUAGCAUUAUUAACUAGAAUUAUUAAACACUGGUAUAUAGCAAGAGAUGGUCCAUUUUAAUAUAAUGCUACAUAGAUUAAGUUAGAAAUUAGCCAGCAAAAAUUUGAAAGGCGUUAAAGAAGAAGGUAUUCCAAGAAUUACGAUUUAUUAUCUAAUGUAGAUGAAAUUAAAAUAACCGAUAACUGAAGAAAAUAUUACUUAUUGA